AUGGGACCAGUGCAUGACAAUCGGCCAUUUGUAGCUAUCUUUUAUUUUGUCUUCAUUAUUGUCAUUGCAUUCUUCAUGGUCAACAUCUUUGUUGGUUUUGUGAUUGUCACAUUCCAGAAUGAGGGUGAACAAGAGUAUAAAAAUUGCGAACUGGACAAAAAUCAGAGAAAAUGUAUUGAAUUUGCAUUAAAAGUGAAACCUGUUAGACGCUAUAUCCCCAAAGCUCGAUGGCAAUACAAAGUUUGGUGGUUUGUUACUUCCCAACCAUUUGAAUAUGCCGUGUUUGCGCUUAUUAUGAUAAAUACUAUCACACUCGCUAUGAAGUACGAUGGAGAAAACGAAGGUUAUUCCAAUGUACUUGACUAUUUGAAUAUGAUUUUUACCGGCCUUUUUACAGUUGAGUUUAUGCUAAAAUUGGCUGCGUUUAGGUUCAAGAAUUAUUUUGGAGAUGCAUGGAACGUUUUUGAUUUCAUUAUUGUCCUGGGAAGUUUUAUUGAUAUUAUUUAUACAGAAGUCAAUCCCGGGUCUCCUAUCAUCAGUAUAAAUUUUUUCCGUCUUUUCCGUGUCAUGAGAUUGAUUAAACUGCUAAGUCGAGGGGAAGGUAUCCGCACAUUACUCUGGACUUUCAUCAAGUCUUUUCAGGCACUGCCAUAUGUUGCACUGUUGAUUGUCAUGUUGUUCUUCAUCUAUGCAGUCAUUGGAAUGCAGAUGUUUGGCAGAAUAGCCCUUGAUGAAGACACUGAAAUCCAUCGAAACAACAAUUUCCAAACCUUCCCACAAGCUGUCCUCGUAUUAUUCCGAUCUGCCACAGGUGAAGCAUGGCAAGAAGUUAUGUUAUCCUGUGUAGAAAGCAAAGACGUCGCGUGUGAUCCCAGAGCUAAAACAAAUAAUGCUAUUAGCUGUGGUACCAACUUUGCUUAUGCAUAUUUUAUUUCUUUCUAUGUACUCUGUUCAUUUUUGAUCAUCAACUUAUUUGUUGCUGUCAUUAUGGACAACUUUGAUUAUUUGACCAGAGAUUGGUCAAUUUUAGGGCCACACCACUUAGACGAAUUUGUACGACUCUGGUCUGAAUAUGACCCUGAGGCAAAAGGUCGAAUAAAACAUUUAGAUGUUGUGACUUUACUUCGGAAAAUAUCCCCGCCAUUGGGGUUUGGCAAGCUGUGUCCACAUCGAGUAGCCUGUAAACGUUUGGUCAGUAUGAAUAUGCCAUUGAACAGUGAUGGAACUGUUAUGUUCAAUGCGACAUUAUUUGCCUUGGUUCGAACUUCCCUUAAAAUAAAAACAGAGGGUAAUAUAGACCAGGCAAAUGAAGAACUAAGAGCUGUAAUAAAAAAGAUAUGGAAACGCACGAGCCCUAAACUUUUGGACCAAGUCGUUCCACCUGCCGGUAGGGACGACGAAGUCACAGUGGGCAAAUUCUAUGCAACUUUCCUAAUCCAGGAUUAUUUCCGACGCUUUAAAAAGCGAAAAGAACAGAUCCAAAAAAUACAAAAGGGACAAGAACAUACAAAUGCAUUGCAGGCUGGAUUGCGUGCUGUGCAUGAUCUCGGGCCUGAAAUUCGAAGAGCUAUAUCUGGUAACUUGGAAGAAGAAGACUUCCCUGAACGAGAUAUUGAAGAGCCAAUGCAUAGGCGAAAUCACAGUUUGUUUGGCACAGUUGUAUCAGCCCUUACGGGUCAUAAACCCAUACCAUUUAGUAACCGAACACAGUCGCUCCAUUUGAAUCACACCCAGCCACACCCGAAGGUGUCCCCAACAAAUUCAUUGACUGCACCUCCUAAGUUAUCACCCCAGAAUUCAGUCAAUGGUAAAGUUUCACCUGCUCUUUCAUGCAAUCAUAUAAAUGUGGAUUAUGUCAACUCUAUCAACCGGACACCAACACCUCUGGCUCCUGUAAAGGUCGCUCCAGCUAGUCAGGCUGCACCACAGCUUCUUGACACAAAACAAGACAGCGAACAGUCUUCUCUUGAAGUUGACUCAGUUCUUGACAAUGAAGAGGGCCUUGAAAGCAGGCCAAGUGAGGUCCAUGAUUCUGAUACAGAGAGCAUACCCAUGCGGACAGUUGUAGGUGACAUGAAUCGGAGUGUCCAGCCACGUCUGCAUUAUGCAUCUGUGGUCAGUGACCACGAACAAGAGUCAGACAGGAUUUCAGAUAGAAUAUCAUCUGACCGCAUGUCUGAUCGAGUGCCAGUGACCCAUCCAGGUCCUCCUGAUCGAAGACAGGAUAUUUAUGUAUAUAGAGAUCUUCCACAAGAAGACAGUGAUUAUGAGCGUGAACAGACACCCCCCUCCCCACCCCCCAGGAAAGUCAGCAAGCGAGGAGCUUCAAUUAAACUGUCUUGUAUUGGAAAACAAGGCAGUGAUGAAAAUCCCUUGGUUAAGAAAAUUGCCCAACCAUUAAAGUUAGCUCAAAGACAGGCCAUGGCAGUUGUAGGUGUUCCUCCUGGAACAAAGUAUGUGUCAAAUGACCAACGACUACAACAGUCAUCAACACCCCCAUCACCAAGUCAGCAACAAUCUACCUACCUCAAUCCAGAUGAUGAACACUUGCGAAGGCAUCACAGAUCUGGUGACUCUGUUGUGGCACCAGAUACCAAUAUUCCCUAUCGGGCAUAUGAGCGUGGCCCUCUGGUCAUACCUUCUCAUGUGCUAACAAAAUCAACCAAGCAUGGCCUUGGACGAGGAAGUGCUGAAAGUUUGGUAGAAAAGGUACUUGAAGAAGAAGGUCUCAGAAAAUAUGUUGAUGCCAAGUACCUACAGCAAGAAAUCAAAGAAGCCACAGACAUGACCCAAGAAGACUUGGACCGUGCAGCCCAUGAGCUUAUUCGCUCAUCAGUCCAUGGGGCCUUACGCCAACCAUAUAUCGAACAUUUAGUAAUUGCUCUUUCCUCCCUCUCUCCAAGCCUUGCUACUUGUGACUUUCUUAUUCAUUUUGCAAAUAAGUGCCGAUUUUCAUUUUCAUAUUCAAAACACCAUUCUCCCUCACUUAUUCCUCCCUUCUAUUAUUUCCUAGUCUUCUCAAUCACUCUCUCACUCAUUUACUCCCCUAUGCUCACACUUCUCCAUAUUACUCCCCUUGCAAACUCUUCUACUCACACUUUCACUUCUCUCCACUCCCUUACACACUCAUUAAUUAAAGAGUUACUUUCUUCUCAUCAUUUACUCAUUCCUACACACUCUAUCACACUCUACCUCUCCCACAUUUUAUUUUUCUUUCACUAA